AUGGACGCUCAGGAGGAGAACCUUUUCCUUCUGGAUGAAAUCGAUGACGUUAAUUUAAACGAAGCGGCUCUGAUCUCCACGAACCAAGAUUUGCUGGACCAGUUGAUGGAAGAGAAGCAUAACGUUGAAAAGCUUCGUAAAGAUCGCGACUCUGCUGAAGAGGAGAAUGAAACCUUGAAGAAGAAGCUUGCAGAGUUGGAGGAGUCAUUACUCCAGAAUGGAAAAGAAAUAGAAAAUCUACACGAGCAUCUCGCAGGUAAAGAGAGAGAAUGCGAGAAGAACCGAGAAAAAGUGUUAGAACUGCAGAAACAGGCAGAGGACAACGAUUUCUACUGUGGGUACCUAGAGGAGAAGGUAAAGGCCCACGAAGUCGAAAGAAAGAGACUGAACCAGGUGGCCACAGAACUCAAGGAGAGAUUGCGAGUCUCACAGCGAGAACCUGUCUCUGUUCUCACAAGAAAUCGUGAGCUAGAGAAAAAUUACAGCCAUGAGACGCAGGAGAAACAAGGUGUGGAGAAGGUCCAUAUCAAUGAAGCAAGAGUUCAGUCGCUUCCAGAAAGGUAUAAAACUGAAAAGAAUAAGGAUAAUGCUUUGGUUGAAGAAGCCAAGACGAAAGGAAACAUUCUUUACAAGCUUGGACGGCUGGAAGAAGCGAGUGAAUGUUUCCUCAGACUACUGGAUAUGGGCGACGACCUAGCAGACUACAGGCUCAGACUGGGAUUGUGUCUCUUGUUGCUUGGAAGACACAGUGAAGCUAUGGUCCAGCUGAAGGAAUUAGAUGGUCGAAAUGAUUUGGUUGCAGCUGCCAAAGCCCUGCAAAGGAUGCAACGUUAUGGGUGCCCUUACUACAUCCUAGGAAUUGCAGAGACAGCUGAUUUGAAGGAAAUAGACUGGGCCUACAGGAAGCGGGCGCUCAAGUUCGACCCUCAUAGGUGCCAAGGGUCUCAAAAAGAGCAACAGCAUAGGAAGGAAAUCAUGCAGAAGGUGAACUUUGCCAACGAUCUUCUGCAUGAUUCUAAAGAAAGAGGAGAAUACGACGCUGUCAGGGAGUUCAUCAAGGCCCUGGCAGCUGAAGUUUUCCAAGAUCCUCCAGAGACAAAGAGGAAGAAGAAGAAGAAACCUGGAAGGACAACAAAGAGGACGAACACCAAAGGAAACUAG